AUGGCUGACCAUGAGGCUACAUGGCAUGGCUCACCACCUGCACGUCGACACACAAGCAACAAGAGCCUGAAAGAGUCGGCUUCGAGAAAGUCGUUGUUCCGUGGAAAGAAGGGAAAGCGACUAAGUGAGACGUCCCAAAUCGUCGUUGAUGACUAUGAAGGAGAUGCCACCGAAAGGCGGACUUCUAUCCUACGAAGGGCCAGAAGAGGUACGAAUCAGUCUGAGGAUGCUGGUGGAAGCCUUAUCAGCCGCAUCUCGAGCCCAUUCGAUUUCCAACACCUCUCACACACCGACCGGCAUCAGCUUCCUGCCCUUGAACAGGCUGCCAAUGACCGAGCUGGCGGAUACUUUGCAAUGCGCUCGCAGCCCCAUCAUCAAGGCUCAGAAAGCCUUCACUUUAACAACUUCUCGUCUGAAAACCUGACGACUCCAGGAGAAAGACCUCUAUCUGCUCUGAGUUCCAGGUCUCCACGCAGUGAAGUUCCAAAUCAGGAUGGGGAAAACGCGUUUCAAAUGGCAGCAUCGCGUCGCCCUCUCCGCUUAGCACGAUCGAUCGAAAGCUUCUCUCAACCUGGCGUUAGCUCUUGGAAACACAACCACACUCCUUCUAUCACAUCAAUGACGCCUUCAUCCCCUCAUUUCCCUACUGGAGCGGCUUUUGUUACUUCAGACGCCGCUUAUGAUGAGCAUUGGUCGGCUGCACGCAGAUUGUCACGCUCCAAACGAGAGUCUGGGGUCUGGGAUUCGUUUGCGCUCACCACUGUAACCACCCCCGAGUUACCAGGUAUUCAAGAGGACUCUUCAUACUUUGGACACGCUCUCACAACACCCGACGAUUCUGCCAUUCAUGCCACGACGCCGCCUUUCAGUCCGAGUCUCGCAGAUGUUGCUGAAGAACCCGAAAAAUUCGUUAGCCCACGUCCGGCACCUCAGCCACCUACCAGGAACCCAGUUUCGCCGAGAUCGCCUUAUUUUGGAUCCUUCCUCCUCCAGAACCAGCGAACCCCGCCUUGCGCUAGCGCCCAGGGCCAAGGACAAUCUUAUAUCUCACCAAAGGUCGAUCCCUAUGUGCGACCCGAAUCACAGAUGUCCGAUACUCUGGGCUCAUCUCAUCUUACGCGGAAAUCAUCAGUCCGAAGACCUACCAUUCGGCACCAAUCUAACACUUGGCGCGCUAUCGAAGAGUCAUGGGAAGAAGACGUCGAUUACAUCUACGACAACGCUCUCGAGGCCGACUGCGACUUUGAAUGGGAUCGCAUUUCCGACAACGGUGCUGACGACGCAGAUGUUUCCAAUGCCGCCCAGUAUCCUACCAGAGUCUCCUCUACUAAUGAUCAUGAGCGAUUCGGUUCUGCCGCAUUCCGCACUUCUUUGCUCGUCCCCAGCCGGAGCAGCUUGCCCGAGCUGGUCCCUACUUCGGCAAUAUCCACAUCUACAAUUAGCACCGGAUUGCCUACAACACCGUCCGAGCUUUUUGUCAACAACGGCCACUUUAGCGGCGGCACUGGCUUCGUACUGAGCCCUUCACUUUUGAUUCCCCCCGAUUUCAAGGAAGCCCAAGAAGCCACAUAUGAGGAUUUGCUCGACGAAUACGCGACUUCAGACCGGCACUUUCCAAUGCUCGACACCAGCCAAAGCGCAACUAGCUCGGCCCGGAGCAGCCGCGUUCGGCUCAGCAGGCGAAGUUCUUAUGAUAGCAGUCUGAUGUCCGCUGUCCAAAGUAUUGGCCACUGGAGCUCACCGAUUCGGCGCUCUGCAAGUUCCGCUGGCAGUCUACCAGAAUUGGUUCAUUCUCGCCGCAACCGUAAGGAACUUGGCUUCAGCAUGGGAUUCGACCAACUGUCUGAGCAGUUUGCAUCACUUGAAGAAGACAGGGAAGAUCACGACAUCACGCCACCCGGUCGGACCUUCUUUACUGCAGACGAUGAGGGGCUUCAAACUGAGGAGCAGCCCCGCGCCCCACUUGAGUCUGAGCUCAGGGAGUCUCUUGACCUUGCACGCCGUGGCUCGGAGCACCCAGCGCACUCUACAGUUGAAGAGGAGCUGAGGACAUCACUUCAACUUGCCCGACAAGGCUCACAGCGCUCUACUUGCGGCCCUGCACGCCUACACAAGCCAGCCAUGUCUGAAAGCGCGGCUAAGCUACUUCCGCCUACUCCCGGCAUGAAAGAACAUGCUUCAAUGACACGCAGCCGUGCAGCAACCACUACACAGUCACGCCCUACGCUAAGUCUCUUCCCAGCACCGCCACGGUAUGCCUCGAACCCUGCGCGGAUGUAA